AGAAAAGAAACUUGUCCUUUAACACAAGUGGACACAUCGACCACGGCUUCGAGCAUGCCCGCGCUUUUGACGCAGACGACCUCCCUGGGUGGAGUCGGUAUCUCUGGUCGCCGUUUUCGAAAGGGAAACACGAUCGUUCGUAAUGAUCGGAACACAUCCUGGAAGACGUUGAAGGUGAGAUCCUCAGCUUCGGCAGAUCCUCUUCUUCUCCGGGUUGCACGAGGGGAACAGUGCGAACGCCCGCCAGUGUGGCUUAUGCGACAGGCCGGCCGUUACAUGGCAGAGUUCCGCGAAUAUUCCGACAAAUAUGGUUUUCGACACCGGUCGGAGACUGCGGAUAUUGCCAUAGAGCUUUCACUCCAGCCUUGGCGAGCUUUUAAACCAGAUGGAGUCAUAAUGUUCAGUGAUAUUCUCACCCCACUUCCUGCUCUAGGUGUCGAGUUUGAUGUUGUCAAGGGCAAAGGUCCACUUAUCUCUAGUCCAGUUCGUUCGUUACAUGAUGUAAAGUCUCUUCGCACUCUGGAUGACCCCGAUGGUUCCCUUCCAUUCAUACGCGAAAUUUUAUCAAGCCUUCGAUCAGAGAUCGCAGGUGAAACCACCCUCCUCGGCUUUAUUGGCACUCCUUGGACACUUGCAGCUUACUCUGUCGAGGGUCGCUCUGACCGUCAUCUUAUAAAUACUAAGCAGAUGAUGACCCAAGACCCAAGCCUACUGCACAUGUACCUUGCUCAUCUCGCAGAUGCUUUAGCUGUGUACGCAUGUCAUCAAAUAGAUUGUGGUGCACAGGUUGUGCAGUUAUUCGAUAGCUGGGCUCACCAUCUUUCUCCACUACAGUUCGCAGAAUUUUCUAUGCCAUAUUCGGAGCGUGUCAUCGCAAAAGUGAAGGCAAAAUAUCCCGACACCCCUCUUAUUUAUCACGCAAACGGUGGAGCCGGUAAACUUGAACUUAUGAAAGGAAGUUCAGCUGAUGUCUUAGGUUUGGACUGGAAUACAAGUAUGAAAGAUGCGCGAAGAAUUCUUGGGUCACACCGCGUCAUCCAAGGCAAUAUCGAUCCGAUGUACCUUUUUGCAAGUGAGGAACGGAUUCGUGAAGAAGUGUCUAACAAUGUUGCUGAUGCCGGUAAAGGUAACCACAUCCUGAAUGUAGGACAUGGUGUCAUACAGGGCACGCCUGAACAAAGUGUGGCGGUUUUUUGUGAUGCUGCGAGGGGUUCAACUUAUGCGAAUUAGUUACAAAGGGCCUCGACACUGCCUCGUCGAAGAGUAAUAUCGUUAUCAGUUUAAAGAGUACAUCAGAAGUGAUGUACGCAUAGACUGCGAGGAUAAAAUAUGGCCCACAGCUUCAUAAUCAAGUAACAUGUGACUAACGUUCAUUCCUUAACUUCAUGGAUCGGCCCUGGCAGGCAUGGUACACACACUAGUCGACCUCGAACCUGACCAAGAAAAGUGCAAGUUGACUCCAAACUAUCUAUACAUGUAAACUGCUCACUGUGAGCAUAUGAGGAACCAUGUAGUAC